AUGGCAUCAAAACAUAUUGCGAUCAUUGGCGCGGGCCUUUCAGGCCUGACUCUUGCCCUUGCUCUACACAGACAGUCUAUCUCAUGCACCGUAUACGAGUCGCGUUCAGCCUCUCUUGAUAUCGGCGGGGCUAUCAUGCUCUCUCCCAACGCUCUGCGUGUCCUUGAUGUUGUGGGCAUCUACAAUAAAAUCAAAUCUCGUGGAUUUGAAUUCACCAGUCUACAUUUUUACACUGACAAACCACUCGACUCGUACGAAUUCGGUGACCGCAAAAAGUACGAAUAUGAUGCGCUACGAAUCUACAGAUACGAAUUGAUCGACGCCCUUCUUGACGAAGUCAGAGCACAGAGCAUCCCGAUUGAGUAUGGGAAGAAAUUCACUCGAAUUUUGACCGAAACUGACACUGAAGUGACCUGGGCUUUUGAGGACGGUACGGCUGGUCGGGCCAGUUGCCUGGUUGGAGCGGAUGGCAUCCAUUCGUGCGUCCGCAAGUACUUGUAUCCGGACCUGGAACCGCGAUUCACCAACGCUAUAGGCGUGACUGCUGCUGUGCCAACAAGCCAACUCAAGUCCACCGAGUCAUACAAUAUGCCUUUGACUAUCAUGAAUGCUCAACAUGGAGCCUUUGUCAUCGCCAAGCAGCUUGCAGACGGAUCUGAAGUUCUAAUCGGCAAACAAAAACGUGCGGCCGAGUUAGAUCGCGAAGGAUGGAGAAGACUCAUGAGCGAUAAGCAGUGGUGCAUCGAUUUUCUGCGCGAGGGAGCUGAGGAUUUCCCCGAAAUAGUGCAAUCUUCGGUGACCAACAUCCCGCUGAAUAAAAUCAACCUCUGGCCAUUCUAUGUCGUGCCCAAGCUGGACACCUGGACCUCGAAAAAUUCCCGCGUUGUUAUUCUUGGUGAUGCAGCUCAUGCAAUUCCACCGACUGCUGGCCAGGGUGUCAACCAGGCAUUUGAGGAUGUCUACACAUACUCUUUGAUUCUAGCCAAAUGUCAGGAGCAUACACUGGAACCUGGCUUAAAGAUCUGGCAAAAGGGCCGACAGGAGCGUGUUGACCGAGUCUUGGAUCUCAAUGCACAAAUAGAUGCCCGCAGGAUGCCAAUGAGUCCCAAAGCAAUGCCCAAUGACUUGGACACCAAGCCAUUUGACCUAGCGUGGCUAUAUAGCCCCAAUUUUGAUCAAAUGGUUGAAGAUUGGCUUACAAGCAUGACAAAUGCAUGA